GCCUUUGAUUAGUAUUCUAAAACUUAUUAAUGAAUUUUUAUGUUCUAAUAAUUAUACUGUAGAUAAUGAAAAGAAAAAUAGCGAAAGUGAUAAGGAAAAUAUAAAUAGUGAAAUGACUAGUGAAAUGACUAGUGGAAUGAAAAGUAAAUACGAAUUAAAUCUUUGA